AUGGCUACAGCAACAGCAUUCAAUCCAACAGAAUCGCCACACAGGAGAUACAACCCGCUCAGCGACAGCUGGGUGCUCGUCUCUCCGCACCGCACCAAGAGGCCAUGGCAGGGGCAGGUGGAGGCAGCGAGCAAGCCCGAGCUGCCAGCGUAUGAUUCACAGUGUUAUCUGUGUCCGGGCAACAUGCGCUCGAACGGUGCCAGCAACCCACAAUACACGAGCACACACCACUUUGUAAACGACUUCAGCGCAGUCUAUCCGCAGGCGGUGGAUUCUCCACGCGACCCACACCCGCUCAUAAAGACAGCGCCCAUAUCUGGCAAGUGCUACGUCGUCUGUUUCCACCCCGACCACAACCGGACAAUAGCGCAAAUGGACACAGCCGAUGUGCUGAGCGUAGUGGACGCGUGGUGCCAUCUGUACAGCUCAAUCCCGCGCGACGAGCCGAGCGUGAAGUACAUACAGAUAUUCGAAAACAAGGGCAGCGCAAUGGGGUGCUCUAAUCCACACCCACACGGGCAAGUGUGGUCUGUGAGCUACAUCCCUGAAGAGCCUGCCAAGGCGUUGGCGAUGCAGGCGCGAUACGCGAGAGAAAACAGCAGCACUAGCACACCCUCGCACCUUACACACGCCCCUAACCUCCUCCUCGACUAUGCACACUUCGAGCUCGGCGGCAAGAGAGAGAGGGUGGUAGCACUCAACGAGGACUUUGUCGCUGUCGUCCCAUAUUGGGCCGUGUGGCCAUUCGAGACACUCGUCAUGCCCGCCAAGAAGCACAUACCGUCCGUUGCUCACCUCACAUGGUUAGAGAAGCAAUCGCUCGCUGGUAUCCUCCGCGAAGUCGCGUGCAGGUACGACAAUAUCUUCGACUGCAGCUUCCCUUACUCGAUGGGACUGGUGCAGCAGCCUGUACGCGCUGAGGGUGAUGACACCCAAGCAUUUGCUCACGCUCAACUUCACAUUCACUUCUAUCCUCCUCUCCUCCGCUCAGCCACAGUGCGCAAAUUCUUAGUAGGCUUCGAACUGCUCGGCGAACCUCAGCGUGACCUCACUGCCGAAGGCGCUGCUAAACGCAUCCAGGAUUCUGACCCAACGUUUCCAAGAUGGGCUCAGUAG